AAAAUGCCUCUUCACAGACACAGAGGAAGCGGCAACGAAUUUGGAUCCAAUUGUAAUUCGCUUCACUCGCUCCUCAAUUUCCUUCAUCUUUGCUCCCAGUUUCUGCUUUUGUUUUUUAUUUUUUAUUUUGAAUUAUGACACUUUUUUUUAAGCUGAAGUUAAGUGUUUUCCAUUUCCAUCUCGGUAUAAACCAACUUUUUAGGUUGUUAUUAUUUUUAAUUUAGUUUCCCAGAAAGAAUCUUUAUGCUUUUUCGUUGUAGAAUGAAACUGUGAGAUAGAUAGAUGUUAUUGUCAUCAUCAUCAUCAUCAGCAUUUGAGUUGAAGAGAGGAGAGCUCAUGCACUCAAAUGCAUAGUCAUUUAUAGUUUAUCUUUUUUUAUUUGUUUGUUAAUUUCUGUUCAGCAAUUUACAGCAUAGGAUAUCCACCCAAUCUUACCUUUUCUAGUUACAGGAUCAAUUUGGGGAUUGAAUAUCAUGGAUCGACUAAAAUCUUCUCCACGGCUCAUGAUUGUUUCGGAUCUCGAUCACACAAUGGUGGAUCACCAUGACCCUGAGAAUAGUUCCCUUUUCAGGUUCAAUGCGCUUUGGGAAGCCCAUUACCGCAACGAUUCUCUACUGGUGUUCUCAACUGGAAGGUCACCUACACUCUACAAACAAUUGAGGAAAGAGAAACCCAUGAUAACUCCAGAUAUAGCUAUUAUGUCUGUGGGGACUGAGAUUACUUAUGGUAAAUCGAUGGUGCCUGACGAUGGAUGGGUUCAGUUUUUGAACCAGAAGUGGGACAAGAAAAUUGUCAUUGAGGAGACAAGCAAGUUUCCUGAGCUUAAGCCUCAGGCAGAAACAGAACAACGACCGCACAAAGUUAGCUUUUAUGUUGAGAAAGACAAGGCUAAGAAAGUAACAGAGGCUCUUUCCAAGAUUUUGCAAGGGCGUGGGUUGGAUGUUAAAAUAAUAUAUAGCGGAGGAAUUGAUUUGGAUAUAUUACCAAAAGGUGCUGGCAAAGGUCAAGCUCUUGCUUAUCUGCUCAAAAAGUUUGAGACUGAGGGAAAGCCACCUGUUAAUACUCUUGUUUGUGGUGACUCUGGAAAUGAUGCCGAACUGUUCAGCAUUCCAGGAGUUUAUGGAGUCAUGGUAAGCAAUGCCCAAGAAGAAUUGUUGCAAUGGCAUGCAGAAAAUGCAAAAGAUAACCCCAAGAUUCUUCAUGCCUCAGAGCGUUGUGCAUCUGGGAUCAUACAAGCCAUAGGUCAUUUUAAUUUAGGCCCAAACCUGUCCCCAAGAGAUGUUUCAGAUGUUGGACAAGAACAUGUCAAAAAUGCAUCUCCAGGUCUUGAAGUGGUGAACUUUAGUUUGUUACUUGAAAAGUGGAGACGUGCAGAAAUUGAGAACUCUGAGCUGUUUAUUGCUGGUAUAAAGGCAUCCGCACUUCCAUCUGGUGUUUAUAUCCAUCCUUCUGGGUCUGACCAUAAUAUUAGGGAAUAUGCAAAUAUUUUUAGAAAGGUGUAUGGUGACAAACAGGGAAAACAAUUUCGGAUGUGGGUGGAUGAUGUAUUGGCUACACAAUUAAGUUCAGACACAUGGCUUAUCAAGUUUGAUAAGUGGGAGUCAUCUGGUGAAGAACGGCGGGGUUGUGUGGUCACUACCAUACUAAGCAAAAAGGAUUCCGAGUGGUUCACUUUAGUGCAUGUGCACCAGACCUGGUUGCAACAACCAGGGCAAGAUGAAUGGUUACUUUAGUCAGUUCCUACGGCUUAUCCAAAUUUCAAAGUGUAUUAUGACCCUUUUUGCAAUAAAUGUAAUGUAAUCCAAUGACAAACUAAUUUCUACAUCUGAAAUUCUUGAAGACAUAUCAUCCUGUGAAGAUGUCUCAUAUCAUAUGUAUUUGAAAUUUACUGUAAAUCUGCUGGUUGCAUAGCUUUCAUGAUAAUCAAGUUUUAACAUCCCAGCUUAAAUAUAGAUAAUUUCGAUGC